AUGUUGAUGGCAUCAGGACGAGUGGCUGUGAGAGUGGGAGCAGGGAGGAGGUUCUUCUCCGUGUCAACGAGGAGGUGGGAGGUGCUGUCGACGGAUGAGCUGCCGGAGAGGGUGCAUCCGCUGUUUUCGAAACCAGAAUCCCCUGCCGCUACGUCAAAGCUAUGGAACCUCACAUGGCCCAAAGAACCACGCAAUAUCCUACUCGUAAAAAAGCAGAACGUCCCCUUUGUUCGAACAGCAAUGAUAGAACUCGCCAAACAUAUAAAGAACACUUAUCCCAAGACCAAUAUAAUUCUGGAGCCUGCAGUCGCUCACUCCACCCACCACGAAUUCUCAUUCCCUAAACCCCAGAAGGCUUCCUUGAUAUCGCCCUCCGGCGAUCUUAUAAACCCCUACCACACCAAAACCGACCUCCUUGUCACUCUCGGCGGUGAUGGAACAAUUCUGCAUGCCGCGUCGCUCUUCUCGACGUCGCGACAGGUGCCACCUGUGCUCAGCUUCGCCAUGGGGACACUUGGCUUCCUUGGUGAGUGGCGGUGGAACGAGUUUGUGGAGGCCGUGAGAGUGGUAUUCGAGGGUGCUGGAAGAGUUCUGAGAAGGGAAAGGUUAAAAGUUGGCGUAUAUGAUCGGGAUGGGAAGAGGGUUGGUGGUGAUUGGGGUGAGGUUCAGGGGAUCGGCGAUGCACAUGCGAUGAAUGAGGUUAAUAUUCAUCGUGGUAAAGACCCACACCUGGCCAUUGUUGAGGUGUUUGUGGAUGGCCGGUUCCUGACCGAGGGCGUGGCCGAUGGUAUGAUCAUCUCAACGCCUACCGGCUCUACUGCCUAUUCCCUCUCAUCCGGCGGCUCCAUCAUCCAUCCCUCGGUCUCCUCGCUCCUCAUCACACCCAUCUGCCCGCGAUCUCUUUCCUUCCGCCCACUUGUCCUGCCUGCUGACUCCGUGCUCACGCUGAAGCUGAGUGAGCGGAAUCGCUCGGAUGAGGUUGAGGUUAACGUAGAUGGACGACGAUGGGGAGGGAUCGGAAGGGGUGAAGAGAUUAGGGUGUGGAGCGAGGAUAUGAGGAAGGAAGGCGGAUGGGGUGGAAUUCCGUGUGUGAGGGGUGGGAAGGGGGGCGGGGACGAUGGAUGGGUUGGUGGGCUGAAUGGCCUUCUGAAGUUUAAUCACCCGUUUGGCGAGGAUGAGUAG